UUCAGAGGGAGUGUGAUUACUGUUUUAAGUAUGGCUCUCCACCAGGCAGCAGAUAUAGAUGAGGAGAGAACAAAUGCUGGGACCUACCUUGGAAGUGCUAUGUUUUCCUUUCUGCCAGAAGACAGAAUAGAUACCUGGGAUAUGAAGUGCAAGCUAGUGGCUGUACUGGAGGAGAAGACACAUGGUCUGGAAGCAUAAAUUGCAAAAAAACAAAGACUUCUUGGACAACCAGAGCUGGAAAUCAUUUUCACAGAUGCCACAAGGGGAAGGAUCAGUGAUAAAGGAAUUGGAUAUAGAAGGAACCAAAGAGGUGGACAGGCUGUUUGUGACCAAGAGGGGAAAGAAAGCCAGGAGGCAUUCAACCUGAGUAGAAGUAUCAGAACAUCUUCAGAUACUCAACAAGUCAACUACGGAAGAAUGUGUCUCUGGAGGAAAGCUACAGGAGACAUACCUGAAGGGUAUUAUUGCGGUUUGAAAUAAGCAGCAACCAAGCCAGGUUCUUCUACCUUCCUAAGAAUGUAAACAAUUGGUGACGCCGUAUUAAGAAGAGAAGAAGGAGAAUUCAGUGAUGGACACAAGGAUGGUAGGGCGGUGUGCUAUCUUCACGCAGUGAAGAUACGAGCGGUAACCCCAGCAUUGGAUGGGGUUAUGAAGUUGUCUCCACUGAUGAUGAUAUGGCAUCACAUAGAACUACACAGAUUAUAGAAGACCUCAAGCACUUGGAAGGGAGCAGAAGAAAAGAAAAAGCCAAAUGAUCUUCUCUGAGGGAAGGCAGAAAAUGCUGGAGGUGAACUGUUGGCUGUAUGACCAGUGUGAGGCUGAAGGUUUUGGUUUUGUGGAACACUGGGCCACAUUCCAGUGGGAAAGAGGGCUGUACAAACAGGAUGGUCUGCAUCUCACAACUAGGGGGACUAAUCUUCUCUGUUGGAGACUAGCUGGAGCUGCUCUGAGGGCAUAAACCACCAGUGCAACGGGGAGGGUGCUAAGAAGGCAAAUGCAGUACAAAACUCAAACUCAAGAUGUCCCGACCAUCUUGAACUGAUGUGGCAAAAACGUGAAGAGAUUUUCAAUUGCUUCCAUACCAAUGCUAGGAGUUUGGGUAACAAGUAGGAGGAAUUAAAAAUUCUCAUUGAUGAGGAAAAAAUUAUAUAUUUGAUAUUACAGGUCAGCGAAUCAAACCAGAGAACAGGAUGAGUUACUCCUUACAGAUGGGUGUUUAAUAUGUUGGCAGAAAUGGUGCUAUAAUGGGGCAGUUCAAUUUGGGAGACAUACGCUGGAGGUCUCAUGCAGCUGGUGAUAAAACAUCAUUCCAGGUAUUUAAAAUGAUAGAUUUGUAUUGCUUGCAGGAAGUAUUGCACCCAACAUGAGGUAACUAUGUUGGUCCUCAUUAUGACAGAUCAAGAUUAAUGAGUUGCAGAACUGGAUGGUGGUGGUUGUCUAGGGACCAGUGAUCGUGAGCUGAUUAUUUCACUAUGGACACACAGAGGGCAGGCCCAACCAGUAAUAUAUACAUUUGGUGCUUCAAAAGGGCUGAUCUCUCAAAGAUGAGCAGCAUUUUGAGUGAAAUUGAUUGGGAGAAAAAAUUAGAAAGAAAAAUGUGAAUGAAAAUUGGGACUUCUUUAAGAAGAUUUUAUUAGAUGGACAAAAAAGCCAUGCUACCAAAUCAAGAAAGAGGACAACUUUGGUCAAAAGUCCAUUCUGGUUCAGUGCUGAAGUAGAGGCAGCGUUUAGAAAUUAAAAAAAACAACAACAUAUGAUAUACGGAAGAAAGGCGACAUAGCAAUCAAUGUAAAUUAGAAGUUAUGAUGUGUAGAAAAUUGAUAAGGGAAGCUAAAAACAUCAUGGAAAAUCCAUAUCUGGUAGGAAUAAGGAAAAUAAGGAGUUUUAAAAGAAUAUUCGGAACUAAAAAAUCCCAGCAAUGGUAUAGAGUAUAGGCAUAUUACUAGAUGGAGAUAGUAGAAUUGUUAAUAAUAAUGCAGGAAGGGUUCAGUAAAUAUUUCUCUUUUGUAUUUGGGAAGAAGCAGGAUGAUGUAUUCAUACCAUGAGGAUUGACGAACUACCUUCUUCCAGCUCAUCAGCAGGCCCUAAUAACUUGGACCAGGAAUCCUAAAAGAGUUGGCUAAGGAGACCUUUGUUCCCCAGAAAUUUCGGAAGACUGUAGGAGUAUUAAUGUUGUGCCAAUAUUCAAAAAAUGCAAGCUGUAUGACCUGAGUGACUCCAGGCCAGUUAGCCUGAAAGCAGUCCUGAAGCAGAGAAACACAACUUACCCCACUUUGCUCUAGGCUGACCCUUUGCAGACUGAAUGCUGAAGCCCUAGAUCGCACACUUCCCUACAGAGACCCCUAGCUUGCAAGCAGGACCAGGAAACCCCUUCCUGUUAAAGUGAUAGCUUGUUGUUUUUACCCAGUUUCAAUGCACCACACUUGUUUCACUUAGGGAGGCUGGAAUAAGGUAUACAAGUACAACGUGCAGUUUUGCCAGUAUAAGCUCCAUCCACUAGGAGCACUUUGCCCCUGUAGUAUAGCUACUCUGUCAAAGUGGUCCUAGUGUAGAAAGGGCCUUAGGGGGUACUGUGCUGCAAAGAGUGGGCUGGGGGCUCAGUAGGGGGCGCUUUCCACUCACAGUCUGUUUGUCCCAAUGUGGCACUAGGGGGUGGGGAGUGGGGACAGGAACUCAGUAUGGGGUCUUCCCCUUGUAGGCAGAGUGGUCCCAAUGCCCCAGCAUGGCACUAGGGGGCGCUGUGCUGAAGCGAGCAGGGCAGGGGGCUCAGUAGCGGGUGCUCUCCCCUUAUGUGUGGUACUUUGCUGUUUCUAGCUGAGACACUGAAUGAGAACACUGCCCCCUUGUGGCUGUCAUACCCCGGUGGCUCUUUCCCAAGCAGUCAGGAUGUCCCUAGAGUCCCAGUCACACCCAAUGUGGUUAAUUCCCUUCCGCCUCCCUAAAUCCCCUGGCAAUGUCAGCUCCACACAGGUUCCUUCCUCUGGUUCUGCCCUGAAACUGCCAUCCAUGUUGCUACAAGCUGUCAAGCAGCCGGCAUGCCCCGCCCAGAGGUGGCUGCAUUUCACCUGUGAGGGCAUAACCACGCACAAGCGGCCUGCAAAGCAUGCUGGGAUGGAAAUGCAACCGCUCCUUGCUCUGUCAGGCAAGUCCGCUGAGCUGUGUUCCCUUCCUGGCUUAGAAAAUGCUUUAUAAAGGGCCCUAGGAGUAGAAUACCUGGUCGUGAUGCCGGCUAGAGAAGAUGCAGCAGAUCCGGUGGCCAGAUGCGCUUCCCCAGAGAGAUGAUUCAUGUGAUUAAUUCCUGUCCCUUUUCCCCACUUCUAGACCUGAUGGAAACUCUCUUCUGGAAGAAAAUGGCCUCUCUUCUGUUGCCUGCCCUUUGCCUAUUGAGCGGAGCCGGGGGUACAUCUGGAUGGACGGUCCCUGAUUUUGGCAACGUCUACCACGUCUCAGGGGUUAUCGACCUGCCGUUCGCUGAAAUCCGGGAGCCCUUUGAAGCCUGGUACAACCAGACGGGAGGAAAGAGCCAGAUCCAGUACUACCACGGGCAAGUGGUCACCUUCCAAUACGGGGCAGAGAAGCUGUUUGGUGCCCUGUACAAGAUCACCCCAGAGACCACGGAGCUGGAGCUGAACGUCCGGAAGUGCUUCCGGAUCAGCGGCAGACCUUGGAAGCGCGUCUAUCCGCAGAGCGUCUUCCCCAGGAUGGACGGCUUCAAGCCCGUGCGGGAGGAGACCUACAGAGGGCAGCUCUGCACCGUGUGGCAGAACGUGUCCUACUGGGGCCAGAAGAAGAACGUCUACACCUUAUGGGUGGCCAGCUCCGCCGACGGCCCCGUGCCCGUCCACUACGAGAUGCGGGGCUUCAACAGCCUGCUGGGCUCCCACUACGACAAGUACGAGCUCGACUACAGCGGCUUCGCCCGCAGCUACCCAGCCGAGGUCUUGGACCUCCCACGCGACAUGGAGUGCAAGUUUCCUCCGGGAGACGGAGUGGAGCAUCGGAUCCUCGCCAACCCCAUGUGGGAUUUCGUGGGCAGGCAGGCGGAUCGAGGCCAUCAGAUGUUCCAUCACUCCUGGCGGGGGUACAGGAAGGAGUACGGCAGUGAGAAGGAGCUCGAGCGCAGGGCACAAACCUUCAUUCACAACAUGAGGUACAUCCACUCCAAGAAUCGGGCCAACCUGCCCUAUAGGCUGGCGCUGAACCACCUGGCCGACCGCACCCCGGAGGAGAUGGCCAUGCUGCGGGGGCGGCUGCAGGACCAAAGUCCCGACGACGGGCAGCCGUUCCCACGGGCGCCGUACGCUGGCCUCAUCCUGCCGGAGAGCCUGGACUGGAGGCUGUACGGCGCGGUGACCCCGGUGAAGGACCAGGCUCUGUGCGGCUCCUGUUGGAGCUUUGCUGCUACCGGAGGGUUAGAAGGUGCCCUGUUCCUCAAGACCGGAGGCCUGACCCCCUUGUCUCAGCAAGCCCUGAUCGACUGCUCCUGGGGCUUCGGGAACCACGGCUGCGACGGCGGCCUCCCUUGGCGGGCCUUUAAAUGGGUCAAGAAGCAUGGUGGCAUACCAAGCGCUGAGGCCUACGGGCCAUACAGGGGCCAGAACGGAUACUGCCACUACAACUCUACUGAGCUCCUCGCCAACAUCACGGGCUAUGUCAACGUCCCGGCCGGCGACGUCACUGCCCUGAGAGCCGCCAUCUUCAAGAACGGCCCCGUGGCCGUCAGCGUCGACGCCUCCCUCAAGUCGUUCAUCUUUUACUCCAACGGCAUCUACUACGAUCCCCAGUGUGGGAAUACCAGCAGGAGCUUGAACCACGCGGUGCUGGCCGUGGGCUACGGGGUCCUGCAAGAGGAGAGCUAUUGGCUCAUCAAAAACUCCUGGUCCACCUUCUGGGGUAACGACGGCUACAUCCUCCUGUCCAUGCAGGACAACAACUGCGGGGUGACGAGCGCGGCAACGUACCCCGUCCUGGCGUGAUCUCCAGCCGCUCCUGGGUCAGAGGGAAGCGCGCUGGCCUCGGGAUGCUGGUCCUUAGCCGUCUGCGCGUUAUCUGUGCUUGCUUGUGCUCCGGACGGGACCAAGCUAGGCCAUGCCUGAUGCUGCAUGGCCUAGGCACUUGCCGGUUCAUGCUGAGUGCCCUGAAAUCCCAGGGAAGCCAAAUGGGAGCUGAGGGCAACUAGGGUCUCCUCUCGCUGGGGCGGAUUUCAGCCCAGCCCAGGGUGUGCUGCAAUACGAGGUGUGACUGCAAGCCCAGGUCGGCAGACCCGAGCGAAUCUGGAUCUAGCUAGAUGCAGUCUCGGCGAGCCUUGAUCUAGCGAGAUCAAAGCUGGCUCGAGUAGCACAGCCAGUGUCACCACGGCAGCCUCCCGAGUCCCCUUCCUGGGUACUGACUCCAGCAGCUAGCCUGUGCCGCCGCCCACGCGGCUGCUGUUACUCAAGCUGGCUUUGAUCUAGCUAAAUCAAAGCUAACUGGGUUCUGCCUACAGG